AUGCAGACCUAUUUCGCUUUCGUCGCGAGCCUUCUCGCUGCUACUCCCGUUCUGGCCAUUAUUGACGUUACGAUCUAUGAUGGUGUUUCUGGCCAAGGACCUUCCAAGGAGUUACAACUCACCCCUGGCGGUUGUAGGAAUCUUGACACUGAAUGGGGGGACAGGAUGGCGUCUUUCUCAAAGUCGCAGGAUGCGAAAUGCAGGAUUUAUCAGAGAAAUAACUGCGCGGGCCCAGCUACCGAAUUUGCCACGUAUGGGGAGAGGCAGGCCUUUAUUUGCUUUCUCGACGAUGCCUUCGAGAACCGUGUCAACAGCAUCAAGUGCUGGCCUUAA